AUGUCCCUGCCUCCUAUCGCGCCACCACCUGCUGCCGCCCCGCGACUACAGCCUCGCAAGCAGCAACAGCCGCCGCCGCCGCCGGCCGCGGCUCCCCGAAAGGCGGCGGCGGCACCGCUUGCGCCAGCCAAGCCGCCUCGGAAAGGUCGCGGGGCGCCUGCGGAGCAGCGUUCCGGCGCCUUCUCUAGCUCUUGGCCCAGCGCUGCUCUCCAGAAGCAGGUGUCGCGCAGCCGAGCAGCCGCCCAAGGCAGCAGGAACCCGCCGGCGCCCCCCGCAGCGACAGCGGCCGCAACAAUCGCUUUGGCUGCUCCCCACUCUCUCGCCCGGGGCCGCUCCGUCUUGGGGCCGCCGGGCUCGGGCACGCGCUCCUGCGAGAGCCUUUGCGCAGCGCCAGGCGGGCGCGGGGAGGCCGCCGCCGCGCUGCGCUUUUCGCUCAGCCUUCCCCCGGAGGCGAUCCGGGUGCUGCAGCGCCGGAGCCUGGAGCAGCAGCACCAGCAGCGACAACGCGGGCGGACGCCCCGCUCCGCCUCCCCCGACGCCGCGAAGCGCCCCCUGGCGGGAGGCUCGGCCGCCGCCGGCGACUUGCGCGCCCUGCUCCAGGUGUCGCUGCUCAAUGAGCGCCACCGCUACGACGACGUGGAGUACGAGGAGGAGGAAGAGGCGGCGGGCGGGCCUGGAGCCCCCGCGGCGGACGAAGGGCUGGUGCGGAAGUGCACGGAAUGGCUUCGAGGCGUGGAGAGCGCUGUUGCCCGGGACCGGGCCGACAAGCUGGACACGCUGCCGCACUUGAGCACGCUCUGA